GCAGGGUUGAAAUAUGCUACACUCUCUUUGUUUACUGUUGUGUAUCAUCAGAUAAUAGCAUCUUAUGCUUUUGCCGAAAAGCCUUUUUGAAAUCUGACAUGUUGGCUGGAUUCACAACGAGUGUAGCUUUAAUUUGGUAUCUUACAUGUGUGAUUUAAUGAAAGUUAGAUUUUUAUAGUAAUAUAUUUGAAUUUGGUGCGCUACAUUUUUCUGGAUUUUGGCCAAGUGGGACGCUACCGUCCCACCUAUCCUAGAGAGGUUAAACUUCACAGGGACCUAAACAAGUUCCCACAGGCCUAAAACAAAGUUGAGCUCACAUAAACACCCCCACACACACACCCACAUACCAACACACACACACACACACCACACACACACACCCACAGAAGUUAAGAGAGGGGGAUAGAGAGAGAGAGUUUCAAAGAGACAGAGAGACAGAGAGAAAGAGAAGAGAGAGAGUUUCAAGGAGAGAGAGAGAGAGAGAGGGAGAGAGAGAGAUUAGUUAGUAGUUACUGUAUUUCUGACUGCUAUUCUUUAUUUUGGAACAUGAAAUCGCUAUCAGUUAUCAUUUACCGCGAAACUGUUAAAAUAUGAAGCCUGUCCGGGGAUCUCGACGCGCCCCAUCCAAGGCACCUAAAGGCAAGAAGACAGGCGAGAAGCUAAAUAAGCCCGGUAUAAAGACAUGUCAACGGAGAGUAUCUCAGGAGGAGCCCCAGCCAGGAACCAGCAGCCAGGUCCCUCAGCCAAAACCACAGAAGAAGAAAAGUGGCACAGUUGCAGGUCCCAGGAAGCUGAAAGCUCAGGAGAAGUGGAAACUUCUGACCAGGUCCUCCAUAACGGCUCUAGACAACAUACUGGGCCUGUCUAUACUGUCUGUUCUGGCCGGAAGACGGACUAACAAAGAGGAAUCACAGAAACAUCUGAACAUUCUGAAAAACGGUUUUUCCAUCGCAACUUUUUUCCCUCAUUCAACCUUUUCACUCCGGACGCUUUAUCUGGACAUGGUUCGUCAACACCUUCAACAGCCGAAGCUAAGUAGUAACAUUAACAUGAUGUCUUCUAAUUGCAGUCGCUGUACUCAUAAUAUACAGGAGAACGAUCGCCUUACGGCGAAAAUAGCUGUGCUGCAAGCCCAGCUUCAGACGCAAUCGUUAGGCAAGGGUAUUUUCAGUGUAGGAAAGGAAGAAACAGCGUCUGUGCCACCAGUAAGUACAGAUAGUAACGUUAGUAUAAAUCCCCCCGCACAGUCCCCGCAGCCGGACAACUUUCUCAUGGCUUCUGGAGGGAAAUGCUGUUGGAAUGCUCAACCGGUGUCGCUCAUUCAGCCGACAGAAACUUUCAACCGGUUCUCCCCAUUAUGUAGCGAGUCGGAGUCUGAGUCUGAGUCUUCUCUUGUCUCUACUCCUCCCGUUACGGGGUCUGAGACGCCGAAGGCUCCCACCGUUAGCUCUGACAAAUUGAAAACCCUAGUCAUUGGCGACUCCAUUACCCGCAGUAUUAGACUUAAAACGAAUCACCCAGCGAUCAUACACUGUUUACCAGGGGGCAGGGCUACCGACGUUAAGGCUAAUCUUAAGAUGGUGCUGGCUAAAGCUAAAUCUGGCGAGUGUAGAGAGUAUAGAGAUAUUGUUAUCCACGUCGGCACCAACGAUGUUAGGAUGAAACAGUCAGAGGUCACCAAGUGCAACAUAGCUUCAGCGUGUAAAUCAGCUAGAAAGAUGUGUCGGCAUCGAGUAAUUGUCUCUGGCCCCCUCCCAGUUAGGGGGAGUGACGAGCUCUACAGCAGAGUCUCAGCACUCAAUCGCUGGUUGAAAACUGUUUUCUGCCCCUCCCAAAAGAUAGAAUUUGUAGAUAAUUGGCCCUCUUUCUGGGACUCACCCACAAACAGGACCAAGCCUGACCUGCUAAGGAGUGACGGACUCCAUCCUACCUGGAGGGGUGCUCUCAUCUUAUCUACCAACAUAGAUAGGGCUCUAACUCCUUUAGCCCCACAAUGAAAUAGGGUGCAGGCCAGGCAGCAGGCUGUUAGCCAACCUGCCAGCCUAGUGGAGUCUGCCAAUAGCACAGUCAGUGUAGUCAGCU